GUGCGAUCCCGGGCGCCCCGCGCGCGGCCACAGCGCUCCGCCCGAGCCGCCGCCGGAGACGCGCCGCCCGCCAGCGGGGGUCUCCACCGGCCCCGGAGCGGACCCUCCGCCUCCUGCCGGGCCCGGGUCUCUGCGGGCUGUUCGGCACAGGGGCGAGGAAGGGCAGGGCGGUCUUGGCCGUGGAUGUUCCCGCCCGCGAGAGAGAGCAAGUUGUGUGUGCGCCCGGGACCCGGGAGAGAAGGCGGCCGCCGCCCGCCAGCCAUGGACCAUCGUUCUUACUACAGAGGGUGGGAAGUUGAUGCCCAGUAGAACGGAAGACCCAUUCUGUUAAUAGACACAUUACAGCACUGUGGAUUACCUGCGGGUCCCUGGUGGUUUCACACCUUCGCUCACGCCUGAAGUUCCUGAACACUUACUUUGGGUCCUCAUUGCCCUAUCUAGUGAAAGAUGGCAUCCAGCCUGACUUGUGCUGGGGUGAUCUGGGCAUUGCUCUCUUUCCUUUGUGCUGCCACCUCCUGCGUGGGGUUCUUUAUGCCUUACUGGCUCUGGGGAUCACAGCUGGGCAAGGCUGUGUCCUUUGGUACUUUCCGGAGGUGCUCAUAUCCUGUGCAUGAUGAGAGUCGGCAGAUGAUGGUGAUGGUGGAGGAAUGUGGGCGCUAUGCCUCCUUCCAGGGCAUACCCAGCGCAGAGUGGAGGAUCUGUACCAUUGUGACGGGCCUGGGUUGUGGCCUGCUCCUCCUGGUGGCACUCACCGCCCUCAUGGGUUGCUGUGUGUCUGAGCUCAUCUCCAGGACAGUGGGAAGAGUGGCUGGAGGAAUUCAGUUUCUGGGGGGUAAGUGA